AUGGGUAUCAAGAACCUUUACCAGAUCAUUUCUGAGAAUGCGCCCGAUGCGAUCAAGACGGGGGAGAUCAAGAAUCAUUUCGGCCGGAAGGUCGCUAUUGAUGCAUCCAUGAGCAUCUACAGCUUCCUGAUCGCCGUGCGCUCCGAAGGUCAACAGCUCAUGAGUGAGUCUGGCGAAACGACGUCACACUUGAUGGGCAUGUUCUAUCGAACCCUGCGCAUGGUCGACAACGGUAUCAAGCCACUCUACGUUUUCGACGGAGCCCCUCCGAAGCUGAAGUCUGGAGAGCUUGCGAAGCGUGGUGCACGCAAGGCGGAGGCCGCUGAAGCACACGAGGAAGCUAAGGAAACCGGUACCGCGGAGGAUGUCGAGAAAUUCUCUCGACGGACAGUGCGCGUAACGCGCGAGCACAACGCUGAGUGCAAGAAGCUACUCAAGCUGAUGGGUAUUCCUUACAUUGAUGCGCCCACAGAGGCCGAGGCACAAUGCGCUGUUCUGGCGCGAGCCGGUAAGGUCUACGCUGCUGCGUCGGAGGACAUGGACACUCUGUGUUUCGAGGCGCCGAUCUUGUUGCGCCACUUGACUUUCAGUGAGCAACGGAAAGAACCCAUUCAAGAGAUCCACCUAAAUAAAGCGAUGGAAGGUCUCAAUAUGGACCGCAAUCAGUUCAUUGAUCUCUGCAUCUUGCUUGGUUGUGAUUAUUUGGAACCUAUCCCCAAGGUGGGCCCCAGCACAGCACUCGCCCUCAUCCGUGAACACGGCACGCUCGAGAAAGUGGUCGAAUACAUGAACAAUGACCCGAAGAAGAAGUACGUCAUUCCCGAGGACUGGCCGUUCCAGGACGCGCGCGAACUCUUCGCGCACCCAGACGUGCGAGACGCGAACCACCCAGACUGCGAUUUCAAGUGGGAGGCACCCGAUGUGGAAGCCUUGGUGCAGUUUUUGGUGGCAGACAAGGGAUUCAAUGAAGACCGAGUUCGCAACGGCGCUGCGCGACUUACCAAGAACCUCAAGAGCGCUCAGCAGUCAAGGCUUGAGGGUUUCUUCAAACCGGUAGCCAAGACUGAUGAGGAGAAAACCUCCCUGAAGCGAAAGCAUGAUGAAAAGCUCCAAGAGCAGAAGAAGCGCAAAAAGGACGAGGCAAAGGCUAAGAAGGAGGCUAAAUCCAAGCCCCGUGGUGCGAACUAG